AUGAGGGAGCUUUUUGCCCAGGCUCCGAUCGAUCAGUUCCCCGGCAUCGCAAUAGAGACAGUCAAUGACUCCAGCCGGUAUUUCGUCAUCCGGAUUCAGGAUGGAAACGGGCGCAGCGCCUUCAUUGGCAUCGGCUUCGGCGACAGAGGAGACGCCUUCGACUUCAACGUGGCCCUGCAGGACCAUUUCAAGUGGGUGAAGCAGGAGACGGAGAUCUCCCGGGAGUCCCAGGAGCUGGACAGCCGGCCCAAGCUUGACCUGGGCUUCAAGGAAGGGCAGACCAUCAAGCUCAACAUUGGGAAUAUGCCCACCAAGAAAGGGGGGUCGGCAAAGCCCCGCCCCCCCGGCGCAGGUGGGCUCAGCCUCCUCCCCCCACCCCCGGGGGGCAAGAUGGCCCCUCCCCCUCCGGUCCCCCCCCUCUCUUCAACAGCCAUUUCCAACCACGUGACUCCUCCCCCCGUGCCGAACUCCAGCAGUGCUGGCAUUGCAGAUACCCUCCUAGACCUUGAUUUGCCCCCCGCCGCCUCCAAGGGCCCCCCGCCUGCCCCCGUCCCAGGCAGCGCAGAUCUCUGGGGAGACUUCAACACGGCACCCAGCACAGUUCCCAGCCAGACUGCUCAGCCGCCCAGCUGGGUUCAGUUCUGAAGAAGCGGAGCGGAGCGGGCGGAAAGGGACCAGCGGCCGAGGUAGAUGGACCGACUGUGGAGGGAGCUUCCCGACGUCCUUCGGGCUCUUCAGCCGGAUCCGGAUUUCCAGACAAUCCUCCUCCUGUUCUUGUUGGUGUUCCCGUCCCAUUGACGCCCGUUGCAUUUGAUCCCUGGCAGCAGAAUUCACCCCUCCGGGAGCCGUGGCAGGGCGAGGAAAGGGGGGCUGGGACCCGGUCCCUGCUUCUGGUCAGCCCCCGAGGUCUGGGAGGCUAAGCAGGUGCUGCUUUUCCUUCGCCAGUUCCAGCCGGGCCUCCGUGUCCUCCUUUCUGAGCCUCGGUGCGCCUGGGGCGGGCGGAGGGCCAGAGCUGCCCCUCUUGACCUCUGCUCCCUGUGGCCGUCCUCACCCGUCUCAUCAUUCCCCCGGCUCCCCCCCGGCUCAGAUCUAGUGAGAAGGUCCCUUCCAAAAUUGGACGUAGUUGCAACACCCCAGAGCCCCUCCUGCUCCCCCUUUCACGGACGGCAGGCGUGAUCUUCUCCUGGGGUUCCUUGUGAACCCGGCUGGUUGUGUCCUCAGGAUGGGCUGCCUGGCAUCCACACGGCAGGGGGCACCCCUCCCCUCCCCGAGGGAGGGCCGCCCACUCCUGCAUCAGAGGAGCCGGGUGGCGCGGGAGGGUCGGGCUCCCGGGUGCCACUUUCUGGCCAGUAGGUUUUGUCAGCCUGUCCCUGGCGGAGAUGCCUGAAUCCUGGCGUCUUUUCCUGGCAGCGUCUCUUCCCUCCGCCCGCCUGCCUGCCUGCCUGCCUGGUCCGUGUCUUUUUGGGAUUUGCACAGGUCUCCCCUUCGCUCCCCUUGCUGACGGGGAGCUCGAAUGGCUCUGAAACACCCGCUUCGCUUGGCCCUCCAAUUGCGGGGCCCUUUUCUUGUUACGCUCUAGAUCCGUUUCUCCCGGGAGGCUCCUGGCCCCCGUGGGCAGGAAUCCUUACGCUCUCGCCUGUUGCAUGUCCUGGGUGACACCGCCCCCCCCCCUUCCCCGUGGUUUGGUGUUUUCCCUCUGGGUAGUUUUCAAGUGAGCCGGGCACUUCCAGGUCCACCUCUCCCUGUUUAGUCUCUUCUCCGCGCCCCCCCCAGCCAAAUCUCCAUCUCCCUUGCAGGGGAAGAGGGGGGGGGAUCUGCUCCGUUAGUGUCAAGCGGGGGACCGCAAGGAAAUGAAAUGCACUUUUUGAAAAGAAGAAGCCUCCGCAGCUCCCCAUAAACACCCCCCCCCCAAAUCCCCACUUGCUCCUGAGGCUUUCUCUGUCCCUUGCAGGCGGCCGCCAAGGGUUACGCUGGGCUGUGGCUCCGGGAAGGACCCGGUUCCCCUGGAAAGUGGGAGUCGUAGCCCAGCUGGGAGGCGCCUGGUUGGGCUUAGCCGGUUCCACCCCUUCUUUUUGCCCCUCCACGCCCCGCCUGGAGGUUCUGGAUGCGGCUGAGUCCCUCCGUGGCCAUUUCCACAGCCUCCCAGCCCCCCCCCCUCCCCUCCCCAGGCCAUUCCCUGACUUCCCAGGUUGACCAAUCGGGAGGCUUCCCCCCUCUCUGUGUGUGUUUUCUUACGGCUAGUAUUACCUAAAUAAUAUAUUAUGUAUUGUCACAAACAGAAGUAAUGUUCAUCUGUCUGUAUAUAAAGUAUAAGAUGUACUGGUUCAAUAAAUAGCAAAUAAAAGAAUUAAACCUG